GUAAACACUCUCUGAGCGCUGCUGCGCAAAGCCUGCAACAAAGGAACAAAGGACCCGACCCAUCUUGCAAGCUCGUCUUUUGCAGAAGCUGCGGAGGUAGCUUGCUAUAGAGGCAAAGAGGGGAAAAACAAGCUAAGCAGGCACAUUGCAAAGUGAGGCAUGUCGCAGAUCACUGGAGUGAUUCUCCUUGCCUUGUUGGUAGUGUGUAGUGCCAGAGUAAACUUAAUCUAUCCUUUUGAGAUAGACAGCCUGUUGGUGUGUCACGUACCCAACCCAUUCGGGGACAUCCCAGGAGAGCCACUGUCCAUUCCAGAAGCGACACCAAGAGUUUCCCUUGCACCAACCAAUGUGAAUAAUGAUGGGUCAUAUCAAUGGCUCCCACUGGAAUCAGGAUUUCGAAUGCCGCCGUCUCCCAAUAACCCGCGACUUAGAAUGAUAUUAAGGGGGUUUUUGGGUGCCGACUUCAAUACCGCGCUUACAUCUUUGGACCCGCCCACAUCAGUGCCGCCAAAGGCGUGUGAUCUGCUUCCAGCAAUUGAAGGUUCUGCAGGUCAACAGUUGAGGUAUUUUGAGGAGAUUCAAGAAAGCAUCGGCCUGCUCCAGCAGAGGGAUGAUGACGUCCGACGAACACCUAUCAGCCGCGUGUUCAAUCAGACAAUUGCCGACCCUACCCGUGACUUCGGAUUGGCAGAUGGAUACAACGAGUUCUCGAAUGGAGAUAAUUUCCAAGUGGUGCUGAAUGGUAUACUGCAGGAAAUCAACUCUAGGGAAGUACUGCAGGACGUCUGGGUUGCUAGGUGUCCGCUGACCCCUCAAUGGCUGGAACUACCCCCUUCUUACUUCCCACACUACUUGGCACAGUCAGUUUGCUCCGGUUUAAAUUGCUCAUUGCCUCAUGGUCUUCGUUGCCUGGAAGAUUUCACUCACAAUGUCUUUGUUACUGUGCUUCGCUGGGAUUGCUGCUAUAAUCACGAGAAUCUAGAGACGCGAUGGGACUGCGGGUGGAAACGAGUACAAAUACCCAUCUUUUGCGAUUGCACCUGUGGCUGCAGUGCAGUGCGGGGCUAACUUAUACACACUGUUCACUGUUAUAAUUAUUGUGUAGUGUUUGACUCUGUGUUGCACUUGUUGGUUAGUACACUAAUUACAUCUAUUGUGUGGAACUACACUCUCUACCAUUUGUCAUAUAACAGCUUUUGUGAAAA